AUGACAGACCCCAGGCUAAUUGAUAUGGAACCUGGCGGAGAAAGCACUCAAUACGAGUCAAUCCGUCAAUACACUAUCAGUCCCUCGAAGCAGACCGGACAACUGGGUUUCGGCCAACCACAUACUAAAAGCGAAGUGAGCCCCAGUCUGGGAACAGAUACUCCAACAUCCAAGCAAAACGAGGAGCUCCAGGCGCAGAGUUUGGGCAUGGGGGUACUCCGUGACUCGAGCAAAGAGGAGUCCGUGCCUCAGUGGAUUCUAAAGAGACGCAAACAGCUGAUGAUAAUAUACAAAGAUAUAGCACUUGACGAGGACGAUGCAGCGGCCAAGGCCCGCAGACUGCAGGGGUAUGGGCCUGGGUCCGGAGUGGGCGCUUAG